AUGGCCUCGCUCAUUCCACCGAAGAAACCGCGCAAGCCGGGCAUGCCCAAGCUCACCAUCCCAACAAGACCCACUUCCUCUUCUUCGGCUCCCAGCGGCUCACUUGCAUGCGAUGACGCUCCUUUUGAUGCUGCUUCUGCGGCAAAGGCUCAGCCAGGUCACCCAUCUCAGCGACCACAACCUUCAUUGAUAAUUCCACAGCAUUCCACAUCCUCAUUAUCUCUCGGAGGUCACGCAUACCAGGAUGAGGGCUACGAGGACGGCCAUCCCGGCGUCUUCAAUACCACGGCUUCCACCAUCUACCCAGACACGGUUCCGCAUCUCACCAACUCUCAGAUGUACACUGCAAUCACAGAUGACCUACGGCGUGCUAUCGGAGGCAUGUCCAUCACCGACUCGGAUGGUGAGCGCCUGGAUGCCAGCGGGCUCAGGAUCCCAGUCACAGGCGGCAAAUCUUCGUCUCACGGCUACUGGAUGACGAAUGACUCGGCGACCGCGAGUAUCAACGCAGACGGCACAGAACCAAAUGGCGCAGACGUAUCGUCGCAGCCAUCUCAGUCUCGAACAAGGACCGACUCGAGCGCUUCAGCAGCAUCGACACGAGCGAGCAACCAAGGUGGACAUGACGAUGAACUCGUCUUGGCAGGCAACUUUGAGAUGCUCUCUCGACUUGGAGAAGGCGCCAGCGGUGAAGUGCACAAGGUUCGCCAUCGCCCUACAGGUCUCAUCAUGGCCAAAAAGACCAUAUCCACUUCUCCCAACCCAGCAAUCCACCGACAGAUUCUGCGUGAGCUUGCUUUCAACCGCUCCUGUCAUUCGGACUACAUCGUACGAUACUAUGGAGCUUUUCUCGAGGAACAAGAUACCUCGAUUGCCAUCUGUAUGGAAUAUGCAGAAGCUGGCUCGCUAGAUGCCAUCUACAAGAAAGUCAAGAGCCGCAAUGGCCGAACGGGAGAAAAGGUACUCGGCAAGGUGGCCGAGUGUGUUCUCAAGGGAUUGAGCUACCUGCACGAACGCAAGAUCAUCCAUCGUGAUAUUAAGCCCAGCAACAUCGUCGUCACGCGCCAAGGUCAGAUCAAAUUGUGCGAUUUCGGUGUGUCUGGCGAGCUGAUCAACUCGGUUGCCGGUACUUUUACGGGCACAAGCUUCUACAUGGCGCCCGAGAGGAUCCGAGGCUUGGCGUAUACCAUCACUUCCGACGUUUGGUCGCUUGGCCUCACUAUCCUGGAAGUGGCAAGCAAUCGGUUCCCCUUCCCUGCUGAAGGUGAGCCGCCGCUGGGACCAAUCGAUCUGCUCUCGUACGUGGUCAACAUGAAGGUGCCCGAGCUGCAGGAUGAUGAGAAGGCUGGCGUCAAAUGGUCCAGAGCUCUGCGUGACUUUAUCGAGCGUUGCCUCGAAAAGGAGCCUACCAAGCGACCCGGUCCCCACAAGAUGAUCAGUCAUCCUUUCAUCCGCAAAUCCGAGACGCGACAGCCGCAGCCCGACAUUGCCAAAUUUGUUGCAGACGUCUACGGUUGGAGCUAUCUGCCGAGUUCGAUCGCCAACCAACAGGAACAGACGCCCACGCAGGCGACAACUAAGAGCGCAACAUUGGGCAGGAUCCCAAGCGUGCGUUCUGCGCCUGUCGCAACAGCCGCUUUGACUGCUAUGACGAAUGAUCAACCGAUCCCGGUACCCAUACCGACAUCGGUGACGGCGACGGCAACAGCGACAGCGACACAGUUCGGUGCUCCGCCAUGUAUCGCACCAGCAACACAGGCUUCUAGAUCGAUAGGAGCACCGAGUGACAGACUACGUACACUUCCCAAGAUCUCGGUAACAAUCGACGAGCAAGCCCGCACAGAGCCGACCAACGAACCGCCAGAGGAGUCAGCUGGUACGCAAGCUGCUUCCUUUGGCAUAAGGCCACGAUCGCAUAGCCAGGCUCGAAGUCAAGAGGAGCGACUAGCAGCUAGACUGCGAGAGGCUGAUAUUGGGCUGGUGGGUAGCCCUACGACAACCACAGAUGAGGAUGAAGCUGGACGCGCCUAG